AUGGCAACCAACGGCCCCUCCACGCUGCCCCCAACAACAGUGCAAGGCACCACAGCAAUCAGCCAGUCAGCUGCGCAUGACUUCCUAGCAGCCUACCUGGACCGCGCAGCCACAGACCCAUCCCUGCAACCAAACGCCAGCAUCAGCGAGCACGGCCCGGUCUCGCGUACGACAGCCGCAGCCCCAAAUCUGAUCCUGCACAACCUGAAGCGCGUGCAAGCAGGUCUAUCUGGCGAGCACCUUGGUCGCGACUUGACUGUUGCCAAGCAGAACCCCGGCGAGGAGUAUUUGGAUGUUGCGGCUGGCGUUGUGCCGAACAAUGUGGAGCACGAGGCGGAUGAGGGCAAUGACCUUGAGAUGAAUGAGGCCGAGUUUGAGACUGAGGCUGAGGCGUUUGCGGAGCAGGAGGCUGGGAUUGAUAAGGAGGAGCGCAAGCGGAAGAAGAAAGAGAGACGGAUGGCUGAGAAGAAGGAUAAGGCUAAGGCUAAGGCUAUUGUUGAGGAGAAUUCUGAGUGA